GAAAAUGUUGCCCUCUUUUCUACAUUUACCUUCACUUUCAAAUUCCCCAACUGCUUUCCUUCACAAACCUCAUUUCAACGCAUUAGUCUUCAGGCACGGGAGAAAAUGUUGCCCUCUUUUCUACAUUUACCUUCACUUUCAAAUUCCCCAACCGCUUUCCUCCACAAACCUCAUUUCAAGGCAUUAGUCUUCAGGCACGGGUCGAAAUCCUACACAUGCUUCACAUAUCCACCGUCCAACCAAAAUCCGAUCAGCGGCGAAGAGUCACGGUGGCUGAGAGAGGAGCAGCGGUGGCUGAGGGAAGAGCAGCGGUGGCUACGGGAGGAGUCCCGAUGGAACUCCGAGCGCCAAGCUUUAUUGCAGGAAAUAAGCAGCCUUAAGCUUAGAAUCCAAGAGCUUCGACGGCUUAACUCUGUUCAAGGGGGAACCUCGGCCUCCGAUACUAUUGCGAAUAUUGCGAAACUGCUGCAGGUUCUGAAGGAGGGUGACUCGGGGAAGAUUGUAAACAGAAUUGCUGAAGGUGGUGAAAGCACUGUGCCAUUAGUAUUUGAGACCACAAAAAAAGAAGAGGAAGUUGUCAUAAAGGAAGUAAUUAGCAUUCCAGAUAAAAAGGAAAUAGCAAAAACGAGGGUAACUUUGAGAAAAGGAUCAGAAGGAGAUCAAGUUCGAGAUAUGCAGGUACGAGUUGUUGCUACUAGCAUUCAAUAGCUCUAUUAGGUACCAUUUUUGUUAUGCUUC